GAAACUCCGAGAAUCAGAACAAGUCUUUGUUGUCGCUGAGCUUCAAACUUGAACCCGCGUCCUCCAGACUCUGAAUCCUUAAUUAUCACAAAGUCUGUGUGUCGUUUCAGCAGUCAGCAGUCAGUAUCCGCGUGUUUUCGGGCACAGUGUGAAGCCUGUAGAAGUGAUCAUUCAUUUGUGUGUAUAAAGGAAAGAACAGAGUUGAAGUCAAUGCAGCGGUUACUGUGUGAGAAGGUGAUGGCUUCGGAGGGCAUGAACCCCAGCGGUGAGGGGAAAGACACCAGCCAGAGGAAAAUCCUCGUCUUCCUAGACCUCUUCUGCCUCUUCAUGGCUGGUCUGCCAUUCCUGAUCAUCGAGUCCAGUGCUGUGCGGCCAUACCACCGCGGCUUCUACUGUGGCGAUGACUCUAUAAAAUACCCAGCCAAAGAUGGAGAGACCAUCACCGAUGGGGUUUUAUCAGCUGUGGGCACACUCAUUGUCAUCCUUUCGAUCACGAUAGGUGAGAGCUACCGGAUUCACUUUCUCCAUGAAGGCUCCAAUGCAUUCGUAAGGAACCCCUACCUUUCAGCCCUCUACAAACAGAUUGGCGUUUUCCUCUUCGGCUGUGCCAUCAGCCAGUCCUUCACAGACAUCGCCAAGGUGUCAGUGGGUCGCCUGCGUCCUCACUUCCUGGAUGUGUGCAAGCCCGAUUUCUCCAGGAUUAACUGUUCGCUGGGUUACAUCACCGAGUACAUGUGCACAGGGGAGGACAGCAAGGUUCAAGAGGCUAGGAAGUCCUUUUUCUCAGGCCACGCCUCUUUUUCCAUGUACACCAUGCUCUAUUUGGCUCUUUACCUGCAGUCAAGGUUUACCUGGGAAGGCGCUCGGCUGCUAAGACCUUUGGUGCAGUUCACGCUCCUCAUGAUGGCCUUCUACACCGGUUUGUCACGGGUUUCUGACCAUAAGCACCAUCCCACUGAUGUCCUGGCUGGUUUUGUACAAGGAGCCCUGGUGGCCUACUGCGUUGCUUUCUAUGUUUCUGACCUUUUUAGGUCAAAGGACAGAGGCUCUUCCCUUCCACCAACUCCUAUAAAGAAAGAGCUUCUUCCCACCGUGGAACGAAACAACCACCUCACAUUAGCAUGACUCUAACAGUUAGGGAUACACCGGGGUGUCCGGGUGUCCACAAGGACUGAACUGGUCACUGGGCUAGUGUUGGCUUUACGCACCAACACACUGGCCUACACUGGACUGAUGUAAACCACAUGUGAAUCUUAACGUGCCAAAAACGGUGGCAUGUUUAAAAAAAAACAUUCAGGCUUACAAUGCUAACUGUUAAAGCUGAGAAGCCAUUCCAGAGCUGCAACACUAAGAAGAAGGAGCCUUUUGUUUAUCUCUUCAACUGACUACAGAAUCUUGAAUGGAAACUCAAAUGGAAAGCAAAAGCUAUUUCUGAGAAGACAUGGUUUUUUAACCUGAAAGUGAAACAAAUUCCUAGCCCAGAGGAAGGAUUUUUUAAAAUUGAAUCACUACAUGGUGGACUGUGAAUAAUAUUUAAUAAUGUAGCACAGUAUUCAAACCUCAUGUCUAACUACACUUGAAUGUUCGCUAAAUUAUAAAAUGCCUUGAACUGGUUCUUAUGAAAGCCCUGAACCGCAUGUUGUCAAUUUCAAUGUUAUGUAGAUAUUGUGGCUUAAUAUCUCAUUAUUUGAUUAAGCUGCCAUUAUUAUUUCAAAAUAUACUGACUGAUCAAUUUAUUAGGAAUCAUUAUAAGGAAUUUAUUAGGAAUCAGAUGAUCAUGUGACAUCAGCUCAGUGUGUAAAUUCAUAUAGGUGUGAGUCAAAAGUAUCUUAAGAUUAAACUUUAGAUUGGGGGGGGGCCUAAGUGAGUGUGGCAUGGUUGUUAGUGCCAGUAAGACGGGUUCAAGUUUUCCAGAAACUGCUGAUCUGCUGGGAUUUUCACAGAUAACUAUCUUCACACUAGAGAAUGGUGUGAAGAAAUAAAACCACACACAAAAUAAGCAGUAGUUUUGUGAGUGAACACACUGAAAUUAUCACUCUUUACUUCAGUCAUGCACAGUGCAUAGUGUUACCUAGUUUUAGAAUGGGGUUCCUAAUAUUGCAGAUCUUGAGUGUAUUUUAGAAUUAUUUGUCCUUGAGAUAUUGGGUCAAGAUUAAACAAAUUAGUAGUUAAGAUGUUGACCUUCUGUUCAUAUGGUCAUGAGUUCCAAUUUCAGGACCACCAAGCUAGCAUUGCUUGAGCAAGACCCUUAACCUUCAACUGCUCAGCUGUAUAAAUCGGCAUAAAAAUGUAACAUAAUGUAAAAAAUAAUGAGAUAUCAAGUUAAAAUAAAAAAAUAACUUGUGGUUCUGGGCUUCUGUAGAGUCUAGGUAAUGGUACUAGGCAGAUAUAUCAGACUGAUAUUGACCAGGAAUAUUGUGGUAUCAGAUAGGAUUAGACCGACUUUGAAUUAGCUUGUGUAUGGUUAUUGUUGCCAAUCUGAAGCACAUUCUGUGAAGCAUAUCAGUUGGUUCUCAGAGCUCUAGUAGAGAAUAUGAAUAGCAGGGGCUGGUUUUCAGAUCACUUUCAUGGUGCAUGUUCAUCUCCACCGCCACCAUCAGAACAUCCACCACCAUCUCCACCAUCACCAUAUCCGCCAUAUCUGCCACCACCAACACCAUAUCCACCACUCCCAUAUCUGCCAUAUUUACCACCACCAUCAUUUCCACCACCACAAUAUCACCAUAUCCACCACUACCAUAUCCGCAAUAUCUAUCACCACCACCAUUACCACCACCAGUGCCUCUUUUUCUAAGUGAAUUAUUCCUUUAACAGUGUUCAUUUGCUAUUCAGGUGUGUGACAUGUCACAUGAAUGGGGUUUCAAUCUGCUGGUUUAAGAUGAGUCCCGACACAAGAAACACAGUUUCUGUAUUAUUUUCCUUUUAAGCCAGUAUUCUUUUACUCGAUGUAUGUACUGAAUGAUAUAUGAGACCAUAAGUGUAAGAGACCACUAUAAAUGUGUCUCAGUGAAACUUUUGUGGCUGGGAACCUACAAUUCUUUAAAAAAAAAAAAAAGAAA